UGAUAACAGCUGUGGGAAGAUUUGUUGGCUCUCUGUGUGUUUCCCAGCAGCCUGUUGCGCUUACGGAUUAUUCUGGUACAGUGCCUGGAUUAUGAGAGCGGGGGCUUAAAUGUUAAAAAGAUACUGUCAACCUCAUGGCUGCAGCAGGGAAGCUCUCAGUGGACAGCUUGCUGCAGAUGUCCAGCUCUGAGCUGCAGGACAUGAUGAGACGCCUAAGCUCCAACUCAGAGGACCGCUCUCGCCUCACUACUGCUCUCUCCUGUCUAAAGAGUGUUAAUGAAACAGGAGGCGAUCUGAGGCAUAACUCAGGCUCCUGCAGUUCUGAGUCACAACAGGACAGCAGUCCCUUUUCUCCUAUUAGCCCCUCUUUAAGCUCUGGCAGCCCUUUCACCUCAUUAAAACCCAACAGCAAUCAUGGCCGGUCCAUCUCUAUAUCAGUGGUACCCUGUUCAGAUGACCAGAGACCAACUGUACCAGCUGAGAACAUGAGCGAUCCGUUCUCUUUGGAGUCAAGCACCCCAUCACUAACACAGGUCUCAAAGACCCACACGUUCAAGUCCUCCCACACACCACCACCACACUCUCGCAAACUGUUGCAACUGCUUCCCAACAUUGCACUUACGAAAAACAAGAGUCAUGACUCGCAGCCGACCAACCGCAACGAGGAUCCUGGGACACACAAGGCCUGUAAGAAGAACAAAGUGUUGGCUGCUAUUCAGAUCAACGGCUCUGGGAUCAGUCCUGAAGAUUCAGCUCUAAGAUCACCUCUGCUAUCUGCCCAAACACCUGGCCCUGUCCCAGCCUCAGCUCCAUACAUGAUGCCUGUUGCCCCCAUCUUACUGGACAAUCUAGCCAUGCAGAGAAGUUCCCCACAGACAAUAAGGAGAGACAUUGGCCUGGCUGUAACCCACAGGUUUUCGACUAAGUCCUGGCUCUCCAAGACAUGUCAAGUUUGUUCUAAGAGCAUGAUGUUUGGUGUCAAGUGUAAACACUGCAAGUUAAAGUGCCAUAACAAGUGUACCAAAGAUGCACCUUCAUGUCGGAUAUCGUUUGCUACGUUGCCAAGGAUGCGUAGGGCAGAAUCGGUACCAUCAGACAUCAACAAUCGGAUUGAUCACACAGCCGAAGUCUCACUGCAGUUUGGCACCUUACCAAAGGCACUAACCAAAAGGGACCCUGUCCCCAGUAUUAACCAACUGGAAUCCAGCAGUAACCCGUCAUCAGCCACCUCUUCCACACCUUCCUCUCCAGCACAUUUCCAGCAGAGUAACCCUCCAAGCGUAAGUGCCACCCCCCCACCUAACCCAUCACCACAGAGCUCCUGGGACAACCGCUUCAACUUCCCAGAUGUUCCUGCCUGCACAUACAGCGCUCAGCAUUCUGGCAGUCACAAUGAGUCUGGGGUGUCACUGAUGGUGAUUACUGAGACACAAGUAACAGCCUCAGAACAGGGACUGGAAGAGGAAGGAGAGGAACAUUACCCAGCUAUGGAUAAAGAAGGAGCUGACCAGACUGACACAAAAAAGAGUUAUUCCAAGGAAGAGUAUGAUGAGGACGGUCUGGAUGAUCUGCCCUCUUCUAUAUGCCGCCGUCAGGCUGCAGGCCGUUCUGGGGUCCCCAUCUCUCGUAAGGUCAGCCAGACCAGCGUCUACCUCCAGGAGUGGGACAUCCCGUAUGAGCAACUACAGCUGGGAGAGCUUAUUGGAAAGGGUCGCUGGGGUAAGGUGCAUAAAGGUCGCUGGCAUGGUGAGGUGGCCAUUCGCCUUCUAGAGAUUGAUGGCAACAAUGAGGAUCAUCUGAAAGUCUUCAAAAAAGAGGUUAUGAACUACAGGCAGACCAGGCAUGAGAAUGUCAUCCUGUUCAUGGGCGCAUGCAUGGCUCCUCCUCAUCUUGCUAUUAUCACCAGUUUCUGUAAGGGUCUGACUCUAUAUUCUGUUGUAAGAGAAAGAGGUCACCUGCUGGAUAUAAAUAAAACCAGACAGAUUGCACAGGAAAUCGUUAAGGGAAUGGGUUAUCUUCAUGCCAAAGGCAUCAUUCACAAGGAUCUGAAGUCCAAGAAUGUGUUCUAUGACACAAACAAGGUGGUGAUUACAGACUUUGGCCUGUUUGGAAUGUCUGGUGUGGUACAAGAAGGCAGAAGAAAGAAUGUGCUACGGAUACCACAGGGCUGGAUCUGCUACCUGGCUCCAGAAAUUGUUCGAAAAUUGAGCCCAGAGGUUGAUGAGGACCAGCUGCCUUUCUCCAAAGCUGCUGACAUUUAUGCUUUUGGCACAAUCUGGUAUGAGCUGCAGAUGCGAGACUGGCCCAUUACCAACCAGCCUGUGGAAACUAUAAUCUGGCUAGUGGGUAGUAAUGAAGGCAUUAAGAAUGUGCUGUCAGAGUCCAAUCUAGGCAAGGAGGUCACGGAGAUCCUGUCUGCCUGCUGGUCCUUUACGGCACAUGACAGGCCACCUUUCACCCAGCUAGCAGGCAUGCUGGAGAGACUUCCUAAACUCAACCGCAGGCUUUCUCACCCUGGACACUGGAAGACAACAGAAAAAGCUGAAAUUCUAUGAAGCUAAGAGGAACCAUUACACCAUCAGUCAACAAAAAUGCUGUAAAUAGUGUUUUUUAAAGAAAUGUGAAAAAUGUAAAGCUGGCCUGCUGAUGAUCAAAUGAUAUAUAUGUACAUAUUUAGACUGUUUUUAAUGUGACUACUGUUUUAUUUUGAGGAAAGAAUGAAUAAUGUAUCAAGUAAAUGCAUUUUUUCUACCUUAACUGGCAUUUUAGACGCUUUCUUUGCUUUUUCUUCUGAUACGUGAUAUUGUUUAUCACAGUCUGUAAUGUAUUGCAUUUCUCUUGUGUUUCUGCAUUUCCCUUCUCCUUUUCUUCUGUCUCCAACUUCCUCUUCUCUGGAUGUUGCCUGAUUCACCUUGGCCUGUUCCUGUUGUGCCUGAUCUCCUGACGGCUUCCUUUGGGUCCUGCAAUUCCAUCUUUAUCUAUGAUCUUGUUUCCUUAUCUUUCUAUUUGCUUACUUGUUUUCCAACAUUCCUGUCUGUCUACUGGGUCCACUCCUAUUUUGGUUAAGGCCACUGGAUAAUCAUGAAUGCCUGAGACGUCACUGCCAUCAGCAUAUCACUAAGUUAGGCAGUGAGAGCUUGUUAAAUUGACUGAAAAUAUGAUAUGAAAGAUGUAGCUCUGACAGAUUUCCUAUAAGAUCGAAUAUUAUGCGCGCACUAGCCAAAAUUUGUAUUCUAGAUGAAAACCAGCAGAUGAAACCUUUUAAGUUCUGUCAGGGAUGUCACUUCUGCUCACGAGUUUGGAAGCCCUUUCAAAAUGUAAUUGAAAUGAAUGAAGAUUAAAACAUUUGAAUUUGAUACUUAUUGUUCACUGCUAUUAGGCAGAACUCUGAAUGAGGAAGUGAUUUCAGACACCACUGAAGACAGUGACAUCAUAAUAGCUGGGUCUAAAAAUGCUUUGCUUUCAUCUUUAUCUCUUUUCCCUUGAUUAACCUGUGUGCCUACUUUCCCCCCACAUUUCCAACUCCUAACCUUCAGUGAAUGUAAAUCUUCUUAUAUAUGUUUAAAUGUGAUUGUAGGCAUAGUCUCAUGGCCGUUUGAGUUAUCUGCAUAGUUAACUAAGUGCUGCUGGUUUCAGCUCUUAGUUAAUUUAAAACACAAUUUACUCCAAGGGUUCCACCAGAGUUUACUUUCAAAGGGUCAGUUCACCAAAACUGGAAAACAUAAUAUACACACAGUAAUUUCUUAAGCUACUUAAUAGAAAAAGUGUUGUGCUUAUAGGUAUACAUUGAUUAGUAUGUAUUUAUGUCUUCCAGCAAAA